UUAAGUUUUUUGAAUGUAAAAUCCUUUUUAUUUGUAUGCAUCAGCUUGAAAACUGCUUAAUAAUAAUAAUAAAUGUUUUGUUUUUCAGUGUCGACAGGUCGCGCACUAUGGACGUGUCGGUGGGAGUGCCGGUGCACCCCGCCAAGGAGAAGCCGCCAAUCAACGUCGUCGGAGAUGUAGGCGGGAGAAUAGCCAUUAUGGUGGAUGACAUGAUAGACGACGUCCAAUCGUUCGUCGCCGCCGCCGAAGUGCUGAAGGAGUGCGGCGCCUACAAGAUAUACGUGCUGGCGACCCACGGUCUGCUUUCAUCCGAUGCGCCUCGGCUCAUCGAAGACUCGCCUAUCGACGAAGUCGUCGUCACCAACACGGUGCCCCACGAGCUGCAGAAGAUGCAGUGCAACAAGAUCAAGACCAUCGACAUAUCAGUCCUACUCAGCGAGGCCAUCCGACGCAUCCACAACAAAGAAUCCAUGUCAUAUCUCUUCAAAAACGUCACCCUCGAAGAUUAAUCCGGUUCAAGUAUUUCUAAGUAUUAUUUUAAGUAUUAUAUCCUUGUUAGUUUCUAUAACCAUAGCCAUCAUUACUUUUCCCAUGGCAUACGCCACUUGAGGCAUAUGGAUUUCUAAGUAAGGAUAGUUUUAUGAUUCCCUUAUCGCAUUAUUCCUUGUUAGCUGAUAAUUUAAUGUUUGUGUAAUUAACAAGUGGUAGCGGUUAUCCAGCAAGUAUGCAGGUUGUUGUGAACAAAUAAGUUGUAUGGAAAUUAACAAUAAUUAUACUUUCAACUUGUGUAUGUAUGUGCUUUUAGUUGCCGAUUAGUAAUAUGUGUACCUAUAUUAUGGUGGUAUGUUUACUUUAAACAGAUUACGUAACAGUUCUAAGGAUUCAAUUAAGCAUUUUUCAGAUGAUCCACCUGAAAGCAUUUUAAUUUACAUCCAUUUGUGAAACAGUGUUCAGUCAUUAAUCGACAUUCUUUGUCACAGAUUUUAUCAUUUAAAAAGCAUGUUUUUUUAGUCCAAACUUAAGUAUACAAUCAUUGUAAAGGCUAGGAGAGCAAAGCUCAAGAAUAAUUUGACCAAUACUUUAUUACGAUUUUAUAACAGAAUUUCAGAUCUGUGACGAAGAUUGCACCAGUCAUGUUAUAUUAUGUGUACUGUUAUGUACACAGUCAUUUAAAACACCUUUGUACCUUUAAGGGUUAUUGAAUAUUUGUUGUUUGUAAAGAGAAUCUGUAUUUUAUUAAUGUUUAUUGAUAAAUUGUCCAAAGCUUUGUGAAUAACGAAUAUGUGACUGUAUAUAUCUUAAACUUGAAUAUUUACACAAAGUAACUGUAUAGUGUAUCAGUAGUCAUAAAAUGCUAUUAUAAUAAAUCGUUUUGUGG